CUACCGCGCGUCAGAUAGAGUCAAAGCUACAGCUCAGUUAAGAGUCUAUUGUGAACGCUGUAAUUAAUUCUCCUUUCCUCGUCUACAGACCUCCUGAAUACCUUCCCUGUGUGAAUCAUUGUGUCGAGUGUGGAGAGUGGAACUGCGGUCGUGAGUGUGGAGAAUUCUUGUGUACAGCUGAUUCUGCAGUCCUGCGCUUGAGUCCCCACGUUGAACCAUAACAGUCUCAGUGAAUGUUUUACUGUCAAGUCAUUCUUAAGGAAGCAAAACAGGGAGAAAAGGCUGAGGUAGAACAUCAGUGAAAACAGGUCACAUGUAGAGAUGAAUCCAAAUUGAAAAUUCAAUUUGAAAAAAUUAUGGUUCAAAGAGGUCAGGAGAGGUACAGCAGUGAAUGUUACAGCCAUCUGUAAAACACAAUGAGGGCUCUGUCAUAUUUAUCCCUGAAGGCUACUUGAAAGAAAUUACAGGGAAGCCUAUCAAGGGUCAUACCAAAUAUUGACUUUAAGGUUUGUUAAAAUUCUACAAAACUUUUUUGGUAUGUGUAUUUAGCAAAUAGUUGCAUACUUCUACAUUUCACAGUGGCUGCGAUUUCUCUUGAAUAAACUAAAGCUUCGUUAUUUCAUCAUGAGCUAAGCUUCCUGUGGUUUCUCAGGUUGCAGCAGUUGCUCACACAUGUCCAACAUUUCAACACAAUACCUACCAGAUGCAAAUACCUGGACACUCCCACUAAAAUGUGUUAAUAAAAAGAGACGAUUGUGGGGGCAACUUCUGACAGAGUAGUUAUUCCAAGAAACUUCUCCACUAAGAUCUGACCACAUUCAAGAGGAAAAAUGGUGCAGUAUAAAGUGACUGUAUUCACUGGCGAUAUCCUUAAUUCCACUACUCUUAACAAUGUCUUCAUUAAGCUGGUGGGCACAGAUGGGGAGAGUGAUCGCACGUGGCUCGUGGGCUUGAAAGGGGCUUCAUCCUUCGUCAGAGGAGCCGUAUCAAAGUUUAAGGUGUCCUGCUCCACUUCCCUUGGAAAUCUUGUGCUGAUAGAGUUAGACAAACAGUCUCUCCCACUGUUCCCGGAGGACGCUUGGUUUUGUGCCAAGGUGGAAGUGAAAUCCCCUGAAGGAGACAUCUACAGCUUUCCCAUCUACCGCUGGAUCACUGAUAGCAAGGUGCACCGCUUCAGGGAUGGAAAAGCUCUGAGAAUCUUUGAAGACAACCAUCAUCUUGGCAGGUACAGUCGGCAGCAGGAGAUUCAUCAGCGAGAGGAAGACUAUCGCUGGGAUGCAUAUGCAGAGGGAAUACCUCACUCCAUGAAGGCAGAAAACCCAUCGUCACUGCCAUAUGAGGUUCAGUUCUCCUUCACCAAAACUACAGAGUUUCUCUACACUGCUUCCACAGGACUGACUGAGCUGAAGCUGAAGGGACUGGAUAACUGUAAGAAGAAGUGGGAUAAUAUUGAAAGCAUCAAUCGAGUGUUUUGCUGCAAAAAGACUGAAAUAUCAGAAUAUGUUCAGGAACACUGGAAAGAGGAUGCUUUCUUUGGCUACCAGUUUCUAAAUGGUGUCAACCCCAUGUUGAUUCAGCUUUGUACAGCCCUGCCCAGUAACUUCCCUGUCACUGAUGACAUGGUCUUUCCCCAUGGCCAGUCCAGCCUGGCAGAUGAAAUGAAGAAAGGGAACAUAUUCCUGUGUGACUACAAGCGUCUGGAUGGAGUGAAAGCAAACACCAUCAAUGGGAAGAAGCAGUACUUGAUGGCUCCUCUCAUCCUGCUCCACAAAGCUCCUGAUGAUAAGCUGAUGCCGAUUGCCAUUCAGCUGAAGCAGACUCCAUCAGAUGACAAUCCAAUCUUUCUUCCUACUGAUUCUGAGUACGACUGGUUGAUCGCCAAGAUUUUUGUAAGAAGUGCAGAUUUCAAUGAGCAUCAGCUCAAUGUUCACCUUCUGCGCACACACUUACUGGCUGAGGUUUUUGCAGUGUCACUGCUGCGCAACGUGCCCAUGGUGCAUCCUCUGUACAAGCUCCUCAAACCUCACACACGCUACACUCUGCAGAUCAACUUCUUAGCUCGGCGUCUUCUAAUUUCUGACACUGGCAAUUUCACUCAGUUUGCAUCAUCAGGUGGAGAGGGCAUGUUUACCAUCCUGGACAGGUCAUUGUCCUCAUUAACCUACAGCUCCCUCUGCAUACCAGAUGACAUUGCUGAACGUGGCGUGGAGGCUGUGCCAAACUUCUACUACAGGGAUGAUGGCCUGAAAGUUUGGGAUAUCAUCCACAGGUUUGUGCAGGGAAUGCUCAGCUACUACUACAAGAGUGACAGCGACGUCGAGCAGGACUCUGAACUUCAGAAGUGGAUUUUGGACAUUUAUGAACACGGGUUCCUUUCUCGAGCAGAAACAGGAAUUCCUCAGACAUUUACCAGCGUGACUGAGUUGAUCAAGUUUGUCACCAUGGUGAUCUACACCUGCUCAGCCCAGCAUGCAGCUGUGAACUGUGGACAGUUUGACUAUGCUGGCUGGAUGCCCAACACUCCCAUCUCCCUGCAACUCCCUCCACCGACCACAAAGGGGACGACAAGCGAGGCCACGAUGUUGGCCACCUUCCCUGAUGUCAACGUAACAGUUCAGGGCAUGGCCACCGUGUGGCUCCUCAGCAAGCAGUCCAGUGACUUUGUCCCUCUUGGCCAUUACCCAGAGGACCAUUUCACUGAGGAGAUUCCCCGCAAGAUGAUAAAGGAUUUUCAGACAGAGCUUGAAACUUUGAGUGGAGCCAUCAAAGCCAGAAACAAGCACUUAAAAGUGCCAUACACCUACAUGGAUCCAGCACUGGUAGAAAACAGUGUGGCCAUUUAAAUAUUAGAAGAUAAGAAGCCAAAUUUAGCUUCCUUUUCAAACGACAGCAGGGAAAGAAACUUAAGUUCUGAGUUUUACUGAUGAAAUGGCGCAAUGAACUUACUGCUUCUGAUCAUUGUAUGCUGAUUUGCGAUUUUUACUUAUCUGUUGAAAUAUGUCUGGGUAACGCUUUCAUCACUCUAUGAGAGUGUCUGCUCUGACUCAGAGUCUUACUAAAACUUUACCAAAUUUCAUUGCUUAUAUUUUCAUUAUUUUAAUGUUUUGUUGUGUUUCUCCCACACAGAUUUGUUUUAUUCAUUAGAAAUAUAUUGCGUUACUCCCAAAUCAACAAGCAUUGUAAUUCCAUUAUUGAAUUAGUCCUUGAACUUUGUUUAAUUCACCAAAAAUGAGCACUGUUUUACGCUUUUAUGCCUUAACACAAUAAAGGGUUUUUUUGUUCAUU